AGUCGCAAUCAAUUCAGUGUGCAUGUGGACUAGGCAAAGUCAGAACUGUCCCUUGAAUUACAAUGCAUUUGAUGAUAUUCCUCCUGAAAAAAUUCAGCGGGUGAUCAAAAAUAUCUAUGACUACUUUACAAUCAAGUCUCGCACUGGAGAAGACCCAGAGGAAGCAAUCAAGAAAAUAAUGAGGAAUGCAUAUAACAGGCAUAGGCACAAAAUUAAUAAAGCAUACCUAAAGAUUCAAAACCUUAGUAGUCACGAGGUAGCUUUGGCCUCCGAACCACCCUCUGAACUGGAGAUUAACAAAGAGGAUUGGAUAUAUAUGUGCAAGACUUUCGACAUGCCAGAUUUCAAGAAAAAACCAGACAGAGGGACUGCGGCUGCUAAAGCAAAGGAAAUUAAUCAUAGUGCGGGCAACAGAAGUUUUGCCAGCGUAGAAUAUGAUUUGAUUGCGGAGAACAAGCCUUGUGAUGCAGUGAUUUUGUUUUCAGAAACCCAUGGUUAUAAAAAAUUACCACCGAAAUGUCAGGAGAUGAAACUAUCUGUAAUUUAUGUAGAAAACAAUGGAGGACAUGAAAGAAGCAACACUGCAAGGAGAAUCUAGUAAAACUCCAUCCGACAUUUAUGAAACUGUCUAUAAUGAACAACGUGGGAGUCUUAACAAACGUCGUCGCAAAGCUUCUCACACUCACAAGAGUUUGGCUGAUUUAAGGGAAAAAGAAAUACAAUUGUUGAAUGGAAGAAUUGAGUCUCUACAGACAUAAAACAUGCUACAGAGAAGAUAAACACGUCGUCUUACUGAUCUAAUUAAUAGUUUUUUUUCUAAACAUUAUCCUUCCAUGGUUGUACCAGAUGUAUCAGAUGAUGAAAUGGAGGAUGAUGCAGAGGUCAGUGGGCGAGAUGAGGAUCUUGAUGUGGAAGGUCAAAAUGAUGAGGAUGACUAUGAUGACCUAGAGGAUGAAAACUACAUCCGUGACUAUCCUGAUAUGGAGGAUCGAAAUGUGGAAGGUGCCAUGGAUGAUGAAUGAUUUUCUUUAUUU